GAGGACAGUGCAAAAUAUGAGGAGUACUGUACCGCAAUCAACCUCAUAACGGGUGGCAUAAAGAUCAUCAAAUCUAGCCAAGAAAACCUUCAAACCUUGGUGGAUAAAUUAGAAAAAGCGUACGAAGAGUCCAAAUCCAAAGGGAAUAAAAAGGACCUCGUUAGCGAGAUCGAAGAAAUCGAUCAAUAUUGUCAAUUCAGCGAAAAGAUAGCUGGUGCAAAUGACAUUAUCUUCGUCCUACAAGCACGAAUCAACGAAUACCGAGACAAAGUGCAUAAAUUAGCUCUCAAACUCGGGAUUGAUCGCCAGAAAAGUCAAUUAACUGCAACAAAUAAGCACAUAGAAAAUAAGCAAAAGGGCAGUGACAGUCAAGAAUCGAUAGAUACAGAGCUUGCGCUAUGGCUAUCGGAUGACGCGUCAGACAGCUCCUUUGACAGAGAGGAUGUCGCCUGUCGCACUCUAAAGCCCAAACAAGCUGACGUCACAGUCGAAGACGUCAUGCAAGAGAUAGAAAAAGAGAUCACAGCGAAGAGGUUCGUUGACUCUAGGCUCAAAAACAGGUCCAAAUUCGAAGAGACCAAAAAGAAAGAGUUCCAACCAAAAGAUGAUAUUAAGAAGCCUAUCAAAAGCUGUGUCUUUUGUAAUCAGGUCAAUCAUCCAACGGCGUACUGUAGAAAUACAGACGUCCAAGCUAAAAGGCGUAUUGUAAGUGAAAGAAAACUUUGUUGGAAGUGCUUCUCCACAAAUCACAAUAGUUUCAGCUGUUCAUUGUCUAAUGUCCCACAAUGCGGAGACAAACACCAUACACAAAAGUUAUGGCAUCUUGGACUAGCGUGA